GGAGAACACUAUGAAAGAAUCGAAAGUAAUAGAUCUUUUCGUUAAUAGUAUUUAUUCAAUUCCUUUUUCAAUGUGAGUUUAAUAUGGUAACUUAUCAACCAAAAGGCUAUUCCUGGGGAACAGGCGUUAAAACACAUAAAAGAUCAUUAUUAUUAUUUUUAAAAGGUUAUAUCAACCAUGACCAUAGUAAUAUAAAAAUAUAUGUAGUAUUAGUAUUGUAUACUACUGUAUACUGAUAUGCUGUAUAAUAUCAAUUAUUAUAAAUCUCGCUUUUAAACUAUAGAAACUUAUUUAUUUGAAUUACAAUUUACCCAAUUUCUUAAAACUUUUUUUAAGUCUGAAAAAAAACAACAAACUAUUAAAUUACUAAUUCCUACUAUUAAAAGCUAAGGACAAGAAAGGUUUAAAAAUUAAUCUUCACUAAUUUACCGCCACCAAAGUUAGUGUGUGAGCCACUGUCAUUAAGUCCAUUUUACUGUAUAUUUGAAUACCCAGCACUAUAUACUAUACUCUAUAAUAAUAUCCAGCACCAUCACUAUCUGAAAUGACUAAAACUAGCUUUACUGUAUGGGUGUUAACAAUUUUUAAAAAGGUUACCAAGGUAUUAUUAAUUAUAAGCCUUAGCAGCCGGUCACCAGGGAUGGAUUAAGAACUUCUCACAUCAGAUGUCAGAUUUCAGAUGCCCUAAGUUAAGCCGAAUCACUUUAACUUUAACGAUUUUGGUGCCUUUCUUCAUAGAAGAAUACUCAAUAUUCAAAAGAGAAAAGAUAUAUUAAAAAAAAAUUUAAAAACUGAACUGCUCUAAAUAAAAUGUUUAAAUAACAUUCUUUCCUACAAAUUGGUUUCUAACAAAUUGUUUUAAGACUAAUUUCCAAUCAUAGGCUCAUGACUCAUGGUCAUAGUCAUAGUCAUAUGAUAUACAAUCAUUAAGUCUUGACAUAGACGACAUAGUUAACACUCACGCAGAUAUUUGAAAAUAAUAAUUUUAUAUUGAAUUGACAAGUUGUCCAUAAAAAUUGUGGAGAUUCAGUAAAUCAUAGUAAAUGUUUCAGUAAAUUUUAUGUUAUUAAGUUUGCACCCCUCCCUACUUAUAGCCAAAACACUCUCUUGUUUGACUUUUUUUAAUGAAAUAAAGCUUUAAGAUACUUGUUGGCACUGAAAGUUGGUGUCCAUUUUUAUUUAAACACUAAACUAUAGUAUAUCCAUAUGUUGUGAUAAUAUAUCUAGGUUUUACCCAUGCUAUAUUAGUUAUAAUUUUAAUAAGUGUAGGGCAGCAAACAUCUAAAUUUAUGUGCAGGAUUAAGAUAAUGUUAUCCAUAGAUUAACAGUUUUAACAAAAAUUAAGACUUCAGAUUCAAUGGUAAUUUAUAAUUUCAUUACUCAUUACAGAAAAUUUGAUCAUGUCUGGUACUGGAUGGAAUCAACACAGUUUUUCUCUUCCAGACACUCAUAUAGCACAUCAUCUUUGUGAUAGGCACACCAAUAUUGAGUCUAGUGAUGAUGAAACUAAUUUCAUGCCAAAUAUGUCAUUGAAUAUUAGAGAUUACUCUAUUCGAGGUGGCAGUACAUUGCUUUGUACAAAAGAAAACCUGCCCAACUCUAUUGGCUAUGUUAACCAGGUUAGAUUUUUAAAUAGUUAAAGAAAUAUUAUUUGUGAGUAAUAAAUUUAAAAUGAAGGAAGGAAGACUAUGAAUAAAUUUAUCUUUUACAAAACUAAAAAUGAGUUCAGUUUUAAAUUAUUUAAAAAUAUAUUUCAUUUUCUAUUUCGGUUCUUCUAUAUUGUAUGUUGUGAAAUUGCAGGAACUUCAAUUAUUGGGAUUGUCCUGUUUGCAAUUUGAUGGAACUAAAUGCACAUCAGACAUUGUGUUUUUCAUUAAUAGUAUACACGAUUUGCUGACGCUCUACCACAAAACUAAAACAAUUAAGGAAGACCUGGAAAACAGGUACAAUUACAUUUAUAGUAUUUUGUAUUUUUCCUGCAGUAUCAAAAAAAUAUUUAUUUCUGCAUCAUGGGCAUUCUAAUAAUUGAUAAUUUGAUUUGUUUAGAGCAUAUUGUUAUUUUAAAAAUAUUCUUUAACUAAGAUAUCCACACAGAAAAAGUAAUAUUAUGUGGUCAAAUUUUCAUUUAUUAGUGUCCUAAAACUGGUCAGUGCAAAGAGAUAAAUACUGAAUUAAAUAAAAAAAACAGUUUUGUGUGAGUAAAGAAAAACUUGAAAGCAUAUUUAUUACUUGAAAUCUAAAACCUUAUAAACUUCUAGUCUCUUCUUUUUUCAAAAAAUAGUUAUUAACCAUAUGUUGGAAUGAUUUGUUUUUAGUUGUUGCUAAUUAAUGUGAGCUCAAUAGUUAUUAAAAUAUUCACUCAGGAACCAUCGGUUGACCUGCGAAGUAGACCAUCACAAGACAACUCACUUGAGGGUCAGUCGUCUUCAGGAACAGACAGAUAAAGAACUUGAUCAAGAAAGAGAAAAGUUUCGACAACUUAAUCAGAAAUACAAACAAGUGUCCAACAAAUGGAAAUCAGAAAAAGAAGAUGUAAGACAUUGUCAGUGUUUUAGUUUUUUUUCAGUGUAGCUUUUAAACUUGUCUUCAUCUUUAGCUCAUCCCUGGUUUUCUUCUUUCCCCACAUAAUUGUAAUAAUGGAAAUUGAAUUUCAAUGACCUGAAGCUGUUGCAUGAGAACAUAAUAUAUUAUCAAGGUUUUUUAAGAUCAAUGUCAAUUUGACAAAGACUAAUUUUGCUAAUAGAUUUAUACAAUUGAAAAUCCUGUCUAAAGGUGAAAAGACUGACAGCAGUGAUCCACUCCAGAGAUCUCCAACAUAAACAUGAACAGAAAAAGAAAGAGCGAGAAGUGCAGAGGUUGAAAGAUCGACUCAAUCAACUUUUGUCAGACAAGGCUCCAGACAGGAAAGUUGGUGAGUUUUGUGUUAACAACGUCUGCAUUCUCGUACUAAACUGAGCUCUAUGCAUCAUAUUAUAUUUAUCGGACUAUUGAAAUAAAAGGAUUAAUAAAUUAUUUUUUCUGAUUUGCAAUAUAAAAUAGAUUGUUUUUCAUGAGCUUUAUAGAUCAUAUUCAUUCCUCUUGAGCUGUUUGGAGAUAAAGACUUAGGAAUUCCACCUCUUCGAUCCGUUUUUUCUGUGGUCAAAUGUCUAUUCUGCAGAUAUUUUCCUAUUCUGCAGCAGGUUUCUUAAGUCUUUUUGUUCCUGGCCAGUGAGCUUUAUGGCAUUCUCCCAAAUAGACCAAGCCGUCUCUUCUAAAAUGUUUGAUGUAAGCCUAUCCUAUAAUGGCUCAUCAUCAACUUUAACCUAAAUAACUAAAGUAAGACAAAUAGUAAAUUUGAUAAUAAAUUUUCUUACUUUGUGAAUCCAUUUGAAAGAUUUAAAUAAAAUAUAUUUACUGUUGCAGGCAUGGAUCUAAGGAAUGUUGUUGGUCGUAAUGAAGGAAGAAGAGCUACUUGGAAAUCUGGUUCUGGAAAGUAUGAAUUUUCUUCUUUCAAUUGACUUUAAGGAACACCUCAGUAAUUUAUGUCUAGACCUCUUUCUUUUGUCUGGCUGUCUAAUACAUUCUCAAUAAGUUAUUUUCAAAAAUUGUUCUGCUUCAUGAAAAAAAAAGAAGAGUAAAAUACACUUCACGAAUUUUCAAUUUAAAAAAUACAAUGUAAAACAUUUAUUCAAACCCAACAACUUCUAAAACAUCUGGAUAUAUUAUUUAAUUCCCUUGUACUUAAAAUUUCUUAAGACAAGAGGAAGAAAUGUAUCAUUUGCUGAUCAACAACUAUGAGGAUAGGCAUAGAGAACUCAUGCAAGAGAAUGGUGAACUAAGAGACUGCCUACUAUCAUUGCAAAGAGAGCUGUCAGCUCUUCUUAAACGCACUGGAGAUAUGUCCACCGCACCAUUUAUCGAAGUAAGUAAUAAAAAAAAUGAAAACAUUUUAUUAUCGUUGUGUGUUUUAGUAUUUUUUAAUAUUUUUUUUAAAUUUUGGUCUGAUGGCCACAAGAAAUAGUAAAUGAUAUUGAUCAGGCUGUUGUUUUUUAAGCUCAUUUCUCAGUUUAAUAACUUUUGUUUAGAGUUGUUUUUUUUCUCCAGCAUAUCAUUUUUUUCAUUGAUUUAAUCAAUAAUAACUUGAGCUAAGGAUUAAUGUUUCGAUAGAGGGAGCUGUGAAAUUGUUCUAAACUUCUUGUGCUGUACUGGGCUGUAAACUCUUGUAUUGUUUCAUGUUGGCCUAGUCUCUAACAUAGGUUAUACCAGUAAGGUAAUAUAAUGGACUAUGAACGGAACUAGAAAUUUUUGUUAUGCAGGUUUUCACCAAAUAAGCUUUAAAUGUGAUGAAACGAUGACCAAUGAAUGGCUGAGAAACCUUUCCAUAUUUUUGUAGUUGUUAUAUAUAUGGCCUAGUAAAGCGUAGGGUUUGGCUUAUUUUUCACUUCAACAUGCUAUUUAUAGCCACCACAACUUGUCUGCUAGUAUGACCUUGAUAUUGAUGUCACCUGAUAAACGUGCUAUGUCACUCCUUCCUUGACCACCCCUUUCUUGGCUGGGAAGAGACUGUUAACAUUUGAAUGAAUUGAAUGCGUUCCAUUUAUUCUAAAGCAAGCCAUUAGGGGAUGUAAUUUCUAGAAUUUCUGUACUAGAAUGUUCUGAGUUGGUUUCUAUUUUUAGGCUGCAUGCUUUCGUAGCAGCGAGACAUAGAUAGACAGAGUGAGACAGAUAGAUUGAGCAAGGGAUAGAUUUUUGCUAUAAUAGACACUCUAAUUUUGCGUGUAAAUUAAUAUUUGUAAAUUGAGUUGUUGAGUGUACUUUUUUUCACUUGCUGUAAGUUGAUACUUUUUUUUCUUUUGUACUCGAAUUUGUAUUUUUAUAGAAAUUUAUUUGUAUAAUUAUAUUAAAUAUUGUUAGCAUCACGAGCUUUGCUAUUGUUUUCUUUAUAUUUGCCUUUUCUCAAUUCUUUGUUUCGUAUGGUUUAUUAUAAGGGCCAAAAUAUUAACAGAUUUAAUCUUCAAAACCAUAAUGGUUGGUAUCAGUAGUACUGUAAUGCCUUGAACUGUACUGUAAUAGAGCUGAUGUCUUAAAAUUUUAGUUGCCAUCCGAUGAUGGACAGUCUUUGUCAUCUGAUGAUGAAGACCUUGAGGAACAUUCUGUGAUGUCACGUCUUUCAAUAACAGAUCUUGAUGAAGGUGAGAUUGUUUUUCUGUUUUUUUUUUUUUUUUUUAUUACACACCACACAGAUGAAAUCUUUAGGUUACCUUUAAUGUUUUUAAAACAUUUAAAAAAAAAACAAUAUUUUGUUCAGUUCCUUCUAAGCUGGGCAUGAGUGCACAAAUUGUUUUCAAAAUGAGAGGGAGCUUUGUUCCAGCUAUGAUUACCCCGCAGAUUUACUGCUUUCUGAACAUAUAGGGUAAUAACCUGAUCUAGUCAUUUUUUAAAUAAUUAUUUUAAUGGGACAUUAUUUAUUAUGCACAGAAGUUAGUCUUUGGCAAAACAAUAUAUCUCAUCUGACUGAAUUUAUUCUGUGGCAAAACAAUAUAUCAGGGUAUCUCAUCUGAUAUGCAGCAAAAUUAGAAACAUUGACAUCCUUUUUUUUUUUAAAACUUAAAUAUAAUUGUGUGCACUUGGUUGUAUUAAAAAUGUGAAUGCAAAAAUGAUGAGUUUAUCUUUCUCCUAAUAUCUAGGUUAUUUUCAAAUGCCCUAUGAUAUAAUAAGACAAGAAAUUGAGAGGACUUUUAAAGAAACGUGUAAUCAGAUUAGUGAGAGUAUGAAGAGAUCUUUGAUCAGAAGUGAGUUGGCUCAAGUUAAACUUAACCUUAAAAUUAUGUCAAAUAUCUACAUUAAUUAAAAGACUCAUCAUUAAUUCAAUUAAAAAUUAAGUGUAAUUUUAUAAAGUAAUAUCUCAGUUAUAUUUAAUUUCAUUCUUGGGUCAAAAAAUAAUUUAUCUCUUUUUUUAAAUUUAAUAUUGUUCAUAUUUAAUAAUUAUAGACUCUAUUUUAGGGAAAAGAACAUACUCAUGCUCUUCAAGCCAAACAUUUACAAUUGUUUUCUGCUUCCCACAAGAUAUAACCAAAGGUCAUCCUUCAAUUACUCUGUCCAAGAUGGCAGCCUCUAGCACACCUGACUCUAGUGACAGGAGGAGCUCAACACAGUCUUCAGACUCUUCAGAAGUGGAUAAACUAAAGAAGCAGAUACACAGUUACAAAGCCAUUAUCCAGCAGCAGGAAGAACUCAUACAGGUAACAGGCAUUAAGAGAUUUUAAAUCUUGUCACUGACAGUGUAAUAAUCAAAUUGUGCUUAUUGCUCUUGAGCGCACUCCCUGCCCAUUAGACUGACCUGUUUAUAACUAAGUAGUAAGUUAUUCUUUGUGGGUUAUUGUUAAUUUAUUCUUGUAGUUAUUUUUUAUCCUAACUGAAUAGUGCACGUCCAACAAAACAUUGUUUUAUUUUUUUCUGUCCCUUGUUAUAUAUUAAUCCUUUUAAAAAGUCAACAUCAAUAAGCCAAGUUGCUUCACCUUCAUUUGUUUUUGAUGUUUUAAUCAUCCUAUCUAUAUAUGCAUGCUCCUUCCCAUCAAUGUUCUUGUGUAUAAAUUUCAAUAUUUUUACAAAUCAAGCGAAAACAACUGGGAAUCUUACUCAUUUUAAUUUAAAACCAAAAUUUUUGUUCAAUGAUUUUCAGCAGUCACUACAUUCUCAGACACAGUCUGUUGAAAAUUCCUUCCUUCACGAAUCUCAGCUAUUGAAAGAGAAAGAAAGUCUUUCAGAACAGAAGAAGUUGUUUUUUGAAGAGAAGGCAAACUUUGAAAAAGAAAGAAAAGCAUUCACCGAGGCAGCCAUCAGGCUGGGCAAGGAGGUGAGAAGUUCCAUAAAGCAUUGUGGAAAAACCAACCUUAAUAAUAUUUUGAACAGUUGAAUUGCAAAGAUAUUUGCCUGGCAACAACGUUAGCAGACAUUCUUGAUUAUAAUUAUUCUCAGAUUUGCAUUGAUUUGUUUUGUUUUACUUAUUUAAUUUGACACACACUUUUAUACUAUCUCUUAGAGACAAACUUUACAAGAAGAAAGAGCCAAAAUUCUGAAGCAGCACUUCCUUAACAUCAGCCCAUUUAAGGAAAACAAGAAGUCAAGAGGAGGUAUUUUUCUAUUUAAUUUUAUUAUUACCAUAAAAUAUUUUGAAAAAUAAGAGUAUAAAAAAAGUAAAUUAAGAGUAUUUCUAAAUUUAAAAAUAAAGGAUAAUCUGAAACCUAAAAAGUGCACUGUCUGGUAUGAAGGAAGGGCUAUGUAAAAGUGCACUGUAAGGUAUGAAGGAAAGGCUAUGUAAAAGUGCACUGCCUGGUUUGGAAGGAAAGGCUAUGUAAAAGUGCACUGUCAGGUAUGAAGGAAAAGCUAUGUAAAAAUGCACUGCCUGGUUUGGAAGGAAAGGCUAUGUAAAAGUGCACUGUCAGGUGUGAAAGGAAAUGCUAUGUAAAAGUGCACUGCCAGGUUUGGAAGGAAAGGCUAUGUAAAAGUGCACUGUCAGGUGUGAAAGGAAAUGUUAUGUAAAAAGUGCACUGUGAGGUGUGGAAGGAAAGGCUAUGUAAAAAUUGAAAAACUAAAUACCUGAGGAACUGGGUAUUUAAGUGGGCAUCCAAUACAUCAUAUGGCAAUUCUCAGAUACAAAUCUAUCAAGAGUUUUAAAAAUAAAAAAAAAAUAAUAAAAAUCAUUUCUUUCAAACCCACAUACAUGUUUGUACCACAUGAUGCCCCUAGCUGGCAAUAAGUAGAGAGUAAAUUCAAGCAGCUGAUUUUAAUGUUUUGUUACAAUUCUUAUGCAUUACAAAUUGGAGGUCUUUAAAUUCAGGAAAACUCCCUUAUGCCAAAAAAAAACCAAACAUGUCCACAUCCAUAUAGGUAGUUUUAAAGGGGUCAGUCAAUAUGGAACAUGGAGGAGAUUCUUAUGUUAAUUUUAUUUUAAGCUGGAUAUUAUUUUGAAAAAAAACAAACCCUCAAUUAUAAUUGCAUAAGGAAAACAUUUGAUGACAGAUAAUCUAAGUAAGUAUAUAAAGAAAUGCAAUAAUGAUUGUGCUCAUUUCUUUCAUUCUUGUAAAUUCAUGUUAGAAAUAUUUUCAUUUAAAUUUAAUAUAGUAUUAGAUGCACUUGCAUUUUUGCAAUGCCUGAUAGGAAUAUUUUUAUUUAAAUUAAAGAUAGAAAAAGAUGGGUUUUUAAAAUUCUUUUAAAUGCUUGGUGAAUAGUUUUUAUGACAUUAUAAUAUGUUGCGAUUUUUUAACAUCUGCUUAAUUAAUUUAUUUUUAGAUGUACAUUCCACAAGAUUACUUCCAGCCACACCAGUUUUCUCACCUGCUAAAUCAAGUUGGAUGACCACUGAAGUUUCAGACUUUCCCACUACAGCUGAGUUGUACAAUCUGCUUGGUUUAUCCCCAUCUGUGUAAGCUCUUCUCUUCUCUGUUGUGUCCGCUAUAAAUGACAUGUUUAAAAAUAAAAAGGAAUUUAAAUGUUUAAUACCGGGUACUUAAUUAUCCUCCAAUUUUAUGUUUUUACUUUUAAUUAUUUAAUAUACAUUAAGAUUUACUAAAAAAAUUGGAUUUUUAAAUGUCUUAAAAUGUCAUCUAUUUUGCAUAAUUUUUGGAAAAUUUAAAAAUAAAAUGUAUUUAUCUUUCAGUGUCAAGCCUGACUCCAUACCUAGACCAAAGAUCAGUCAUCAAGACAGCAACAGCAGCACUGGCAGCAUCACCUUCAAGUCACAUGAUCAAAGCUCUGCUUCAUCUUCUAGUAAAGCACCAACAUCUAACAGUUCAUCCACUCAAGGCUAACUAAAUUCUGAUUCUGUUAUGUGAAAGCCCAUGUUAUGCUUUAAAAAAUUUUUUACAGUUAAAAUAUAACAAGUUUAUAAAUAAUGAACAUGCAAAAAUGAUAUAUUAACAUUCCGUAAUUCAAUUCUUGAUUAUCCUAAAUAAAAACAUGUUACUUUAAAUCUAACACAUUUUCUUUUUUUUAGUCUAGUUUUGCUUGGUUAGAUAAAAUGUUUGCUGUUCUCUUGCAAGUAAACUUAAAUCAAAUGCGAUUUUUAAAAAAACAACAAAAAAAACAAGCUUUUGGAUUAAAUCUGUUUAUCCCUUUGAAUCAAAUUUAACAAAGACUGUACUGAAAAAGGAAACGACUGUGCAUAUUUUAACAACCAAACUAGUCUAGUCAUAAACUUUCUCUUAUGUCAAAUACAACUUGUGUUCUCAUGCCUUCUUCUGCAUUCCUUUUUCUUAAAUGCCAAAACUUGCUUUUAUUUUGGCUUAUUACAAGUGCCUAAAGAAGCAAAUCUAAUUCCAUUAUGCUCAAAAUUAUUUCCUUAUCUCAUUACAAUUAUACUUACAAAAGUAGCAGCCAGUAAAUAAAAAAAACAUUUACAUAUCAAAUCUUGUAUAAAACUGCAUAUGUUUAAACAAAUGAAUACAUUGCUUAUUAAUUUUCUAUGCCAUAGCUGAGACAAGUUUCUUUCAUUUAUCUCCGUCCAUCAAUAAGUUUUAAUUUUUGUAUUCUUUUAAGUUUAUGUUUAAGGUGCUUUCAAUAUGCAAAUAGUAAAAUUUGUUCUACAUAUAAGAUAAUUUUGAUGUGGAUAAUAAAAUAUUUUAUGAUCUUGAUUAUUUCUUAAUUUUUUUAAGGAAGGAAGAGUAAAACUGUAUCUUAGAUAAGAGCUCAAGAGUGAUGCUAUUUUAUCAACCAGAGCUCAAUGAAUGGAAAAUUCACACUUGCAUUGAUAUCCACUCUUUGGUAUUAAUUCAAUUUAUGCAAUGAAAAUCAUUUAAUUUAUAGUUUCUUACAUUAGAGAUUGAUGAUGUUAUCCUGGUAAACUUUUACUUUAGUG